UUGACAGCGCCCUCUUUGGUCAAGUGAAUCCGGAAGUUAUCAAAAUGAUAAAAAUGAAGUAAAAUAGACUGACAUUUCCUAUGUGAAGUUUAAAGCUUUGAAAAAUGUCAGGAGACAAGAUAUCCCUGACAGACGCCCUACAGAAUGUAGAUGUUCUGGAUGAAUUGCCUUUACCUGAUCAACAACCUUGUAUAGAAGGCCUUUCACUGUCCAUCCAUUACCAAGCUAAUUUUGACACUAAUUUUGAGGAUAGAAAUGCCUAUGUCACUGGGGUUGCUAAAUAUAUAGAAGAGGCCACAGUCCAUGCAGAUUUGAACAAGCUAUUAGAGAAAGGACAAGAGUUUGCUGCAAUAUUAUACACAUGGAGAUGCUGCUCUAGAGCAUUACCUCAGGUGAAAAGUAAUGAACAGCCUAACAGAUCAGAGAUUUACAAUAAGAUUGUGGAGGUCUUGGAUCCACAAGUGUCAAAACUUAUGGAAUUUAUGUAUUUUGUGAAAAAUGCUAUAGACAGAUUUGGUGAGCAGAUUAAACGUCUUUGUCACGUUCAGAAGAGAAAUGAUUUUGUUUCUGAGGCAUAUUUAUUGACCUUAGGAAAAUUCAUCAAUACAUUUGUUGAGCUUGAUCAGUUAAAAAACAUGAAAGCGAGUAUCAGUAAUGAUUACUCUGCCUUUAGAAGGGCUGCACAGUUUCUAAAAGUAAUUGCUGACCCACAAGCUCUACAAGAAUCUCAGAAUUUAUCUAUGUUCCUUGCCACUCAAAACAAAAUCAGAGACAUGCUUAAAGAAGUCCUCCAAUCCACACCUGGUUAUGAGGAAUUGUUAGCUGAUGUCAUCAACAUUUGUGUCAACAUGUAUGAAAGUAGAUUGUACCUGGAACCAGCAGAGAAAUACAUGUUAGUUAAGGUGAUGGCUUGUGGGUUGUUUAUGAUUGACAAUGAACAAAACAACAUCUAUAAAAUGGACUCCAAGAAAAGAAUAAAUUUAACAAAAAUAGACAAAUACUUAAAGCAACUGGAAGUUGUACCACUAUAUGGAGACAUGCAGAUUAAUCCAUACCAUUAUAUAAAGUACAGUAUGAACUUUGACCCUGGAAAGUGGCCAGCAUGUGAAUCAUCCCAUCCUAGUCCACAGUCUAACUUACUUGCCAAUCUUGAGCCCAUCCGUGAGGACCACAUGUCAUACAUCAGCCAGCUGGCCCGCCACAGUAAUGAGCUGAAAUUACAAAUGAAAAAUGAGGCCAUAACCACAACAAGAGAGGCCCCACGUACAGAUGAUGAGAAUAGAGAGUUAACUGACCUAGCAUUGAGAGGUUUACAACUCAUGUCUGCUUGGACACAGCAAGUCAUGGAACUGUAUUCCUGGAAACUGUUACAUCCUACAGAUCAACAUCAAAACAAAGAUUGUCCACCUGAAGCUGAGGAAUAUGAAAGGUCAACCAGGUAUAACUACUCCAGUGAUGAGAAGUUUGCCAUUAUAGAAGUCAUAGCUAUGAUCAAAGGUCUACAGUUACUGAUGGCAAGGAUGGAGUCCGUUUUUCUAGAUGCCAUACGACGUAACAUCUACGCUGAAAUUCAAAAGUUUGUACAAAUCACAGUCAGAGAACCACUGAGGAAAUCUGUCAGGAAGAAAAAUGAUGUUAUUAAAGUCAUCAUCCUCGCUGUAAGAGACACUUGUGCUGAUUGGUUAAGAGGAGUUGAACCCCAUGAUGACCCUGCCAUGAAAGGAAAGAAAGAAGAUGAAGGCUUUAACAUUAAAGUUCCAAGCAGAAAUGUUGGUCCAUCCUCUACACAGUUAUAUAUGGUGCGUACCAUGUUAGAGUCAUUGAUUGCUGAUAAAAGUGGAGGAAAGAAGACUUUAAGGAAGGAGAUUGAUAUCAACCAUUUACAGAUCAUUGAUAACUUCCAUAAACAGUCAUUCUUCUGGAAUUAUAUACUCAAUUUUAAUGAAUCUCUACACAACUGCUGUGAUUUAUCUCAGUUAUGGUACAGAGAAUUCUUCUUAGAAAUGACAAUGGGCAGGAGGAUUCAGUUUCCAAUAGAAAUGUCAAUGCCAUGGAUUUUAACAGACCACAUACUGGAGACAAAGGAACCUUCAAUGAUGGAAUAUAUCCUGUACCCUCUAGAUCUGUACAAUGACAGUGCUAACUAUGCCUUGACUAUGUUCCGACAGCAGUUCCUCUAUGAUGAAGUGGAGGCAGAGGUAAAUUUAUGUUUUGACCAGUUUGUAUACAAACUCAGUGACCAGAUAUUUGCUUACUACAAACAUCUUGCUGGCAGCAUUAUGUUGGACAAGAGAUUUAGAGCCGAGUGUGUCAGUCAGAAUGUGAAGAUCAAUUAUCCUGUAGCUAACAGAUAUGAGACAUUACUCAAACAGAGACAUGUCCAGAUUUUAGGAAGAUCCAUUGAUCUGAACAAGUUGAUAGGACAGAGGGUGAAUGCCUCCCUUCAGAAAGCUUUGGAUGUGGCCAUAUCCAGGUUUGAGGCAGGGGACAUUACUGGCAUUGCUGAGCUUGAGGGAUUAGUUGAGUGCAAUAGACUGACACACAAGUUGAUGAGGAAAUAUUUAACCUUGAAUGACUUUGAUGCCAUGAUGAGAGAAGCUAACCAUAAUGUUUCAGCACCAUAUGGGAGAAUAACUUUACAUGUGUUCUGGGAAUUGAAUUAUGAUUUCCUACCAAACUACUGUUAUAAUGCUGCUACUUCAAGGUUUGUGAAAACCAAGUUACCAUUUGCUCCAGCCAGUCAGAGAGAAAAACCACCAAAUCCAUCUCCAUUUUAUAUAUGGGGAACAAAGGCGUUAACCAGUUCUUACAGUGCAAUAUACAGCUUGUACAAUGGUUUUGUUGGACCACAACAUUUCCGAUCCAUGUGCAGGCUUCUAGGAUAUCAAGGAAUAGCUGUGGUGAUAGAGGAACUACUCAAAAUUGUCAAAGCAUUGUUGAAGGGAACAUUGAGGGAAUAUACAGAGACUUUAUUUAAAGCUAUGCCUCAAGUUUGUCGUCUACUUAGAUAUGACUAUGGGUCACCUGGUGUGAUGGGAUACUAUCAGGCACAGUUAAAUGACAUGAUACAGUACCCAGAUCUGAGGACAGAAGUUUUUCAAAGUUUUAGAGAAGUUGGCAACAGUGUUCUGUUCUUCAUGUUAAUAGAACAAGCUUUGACCCAGGAAGAAGUCAAUGAUCUGAAGCAUGCAGCACCAUUUCAAAACAUCAUACCUAAACCAUUCAUACCAAUUAAAGAGGGUGAUAGUCGAAAAGAAAAGGAGCAAGAAUUAAAGGUGGUGAUGAAGAAACUGGAACAAAAAUAUGCACCUUUACAGGUUGUACCUGUCAUAGAGAAAAUAGGAACUGAACAGCAAGUAUCAAUAGCAGGAGAAGGAGACUUAUUAACUAGGGAGAGACUUUGUUGUGGGCUGUCUAUGUUUGAAGUAGUCCUCAGUAGGAUUAGGGAAUUUAUUGAUGACCCUCUGUGGAAAGGUCAACCUCCAGCCAAUGGUGUUAUGAAUAUAGAUGAGUGUACUGAGUUCCACAGACUCUGGAGUGCCAUACAGUUUGUCUUCUGUAUCCCUGUCGGAGAUAAUGAGUUCACAAUUGAGGAACUGUAUGGAGAAGGACUGAACUGGGCAGGAUGUGCUCUCAUAGUACUGUUAUCCCAACAGAGAAGAUUUGAAGCUUUAGAUUUUAGUUACCAUAUUCUAAAAGUAAACAGGGUAGACAUGAAAGAUGAAAAUGUCAAAGGCAUUCAACUGAAGAAGAUGGUUGACAGAAUAAGAAAAUUCCAGAUUUUGAACAAUCAAAUUUUUGCUGUGUUGAACAAAUACCUUCACACAAAUGAUGCUGAUAGUAUGCCAGUAGAACAUGUAAGGUGCUUCCAACCUCCCAUUCAUCAAUCCUUAGCUACAACUAUAUAGGUCAUUAUCUAGGACAUCAAAAUAAAAACAAUUACAUUUGUGUAUGACAAACUGAUGUGUAUUCUUUGAAGUUAGCUUGUUGUGCUGUGCAUGCUUAUUCCAUUGUAUGGAAGCAAGAAGAAGAAUUAAGAGAUUUAAUUUUUAUUUGUAAAGUAUGUAAUCAUUGUAUAUGUAAAUUCAAUUUUAUAUACCUGUCAGAAUAUGUACUAUUACGUAAUCAAUAUUGUACUAUACUUGAUAAAAACAAUACACAGUCAACAGAUAUAAUAUGUUGGUUUUUUUCAUUUUGUUUUUACAAUUAUGAUCCAACAUCCCCCCUAAUAUUGGUAGAUCUGUACAGUUUUAAUUGUCAAUCAACAAACUUUUUUCCCCUAAAUUCUUGUAAACAAUGGCUAGAAUAAAAUUUUAUCUACUUUAAAAACAAUAUUUUUAUAUUAAUAUGUAUUUUAACACUAUCAUUUGAAAUUAAAAAAAACAUGAUUCUGGUGAAAAGCUUUGCUUUUUUUACACAAAAUCAGCAAUUUUGAGAAUAAUGGAUAUUUAACUCAUAUGAAAUUUCACUCUUCCUUUUAAAAUUAUAUACUGAUUGCCAAAAGAAAUGCAUCACCUCCUUGUAUUUUUCAGUGUGUAAAAAUUCAAUGACCACUGAUGAAAUGUCUUUUUUGUCCUUUACUGAUUAAUUUUGACACAUUACCACACAAUAAAAAAAAAUACUGCGAUAUUAGGAACUAUUGCUCCAUGUGACUGCAAUCGCCACUGAAAGAAAUUUAAAAGAGCUACUGAAUGCUUUUUGUCGAGCCUGCGACUUUUGUCGCAGAAAGCUCGACAUAGGGAUAGUGAUCCGGCGGCGGCGGCUACGGCGGCGGCGGCGUUAGCUAACUUCUUAAAAGCUUUAUAUUUUAGAAAGUGGAAGGUCUGGAUGCUUCAUACUUUGUAUAUGGAUGCCUCAUGUUACGAAGUUUCUGUCAGUCACAUGUCCAAUGUCCUUGACCUCAUUUUCAUGGUUCAGUGACUACUUGAAAAAAAAGUUAAGAUUUUUUGUAAUGUUAGAUUCUCUCUUAUUAUAAGUAAUAGGAUAACUAUAUUUGGUAUGUGCGUACCUUGCAAGGUCCUCAUGCCCGUCAGACAGUUUUCACUUGACCUCGACCUCAUUUCAUGGAUCAGUGAACAAGGUUAAGUUUUGGUGGUCAAGUCCAUAUCUCAGAUACUAUAAGCAAUAGGUCUAGUAUAUUCGGUGUAUGGAAGGACUGUAAGGUGUACAUGUCCAACUGGCAGGUGUCAUCUGACCUUGACCUCAUUUUCAUGGUUCAGUGGUUAUAGUUAAGUUUUUGUGUUUUAGUCUGUUUUUCUUAUACUGUAUGCCAUAGGUCUACUAUAUUUGGUGUAUGGAAUGAUUGUAAGCUGUACAUGUCUAGCGGGCAGGUGUCAUCUGACCUUGACCUCAUUUUCAUGGUUCAGUGGUCAAAGUUAAGUUUUUGAGUUUUGGUCUUUUUUUCUAAUACUAUAUGCAAUAGGUCAUCUAUAUUUGGUGUAUGGAAAUAUUUUAUGAUGUACCUGUCAGUCUUGCAGGUUUUAUUUGACCUUGACCUCAUUUUCACGGUUCAUUGCUCAGUGUUAAGUUUUUGUGUUUUGGUCUGUUUUUCUUAUACUAUAAGCAAUAGGUCAACUAUAUUUGUUGUAUGGAAGGAUUGCAAGCUGUAGUACAUGUCUGCCUGGCAUUGUUCAUCUGACCUUGACCUCAUUUUCUUGGUUCAUUGGUCAAUGUUUAGUUUUCUUGGUUAAGUCUGUAUCUUAGAAACUAUAAACAAUAGGUCAACUAUAUUUAGUGUAUUGAAUGAUUGUAAGGUGUACAUGUAUUUCUUGUAUGGUUUAUAUGACCUUGACCUCAUUUUCUUGGAUCAUGUUAAGUGUAUGUGAUAGUUGUAGUAAAGCUUUAUAUUUAGGACUAUCAACAUAAUAUCAAUGAUUAGUAAAGAAGGCGAGACAUUUCAGCGUGUGCACUCUUGUUGUACAUAUUUAUUAGUAUAUUAAAUAGACAAUAACUUAUCAGUUGCAUUUUUUUAUGCCCCCCCGUAGCGGAGGGGGCAUUAAGUUUUACCCUUGUCCGUCUGUACGUACGUUUUAAUUUUGGGGAAGUCACUUUUACCGUUCUAGAGUUAUGCCCUUUACAAAUGGAAAAAUUAAUGAAUUUUUCGUUUCUGUUCUCUAACAUAAGAUCAAGCACAAAUUUGAGUAGCAUCACUUUUACAGUUCUUGAGUUAUGUCCUUUAUAACGUUAUAUGCAAGCGGGGGCAUCAUCUGUGUCCCAUGGACACAUUCCCCAUUUAUUUUUUAUCUAAAGGAUCAUGUGAACUGAAACAGUUUUAAUGUCAUCUUGUUAAGACAACAACCCAAAAAUUCAAGUUAAAGAUUUAUUUUUUAUUUUUCAUGCCCAUUUCAUAUAACCUUUUAACUGAAUUUACAACUUCUUCCAAAUAUUUGAUAUCCACAUGUUAAUCAAUACAUAAUUUGAAUGAUCCGAAGGCAGACUAUUUUCACCAAUUUGUCUAUCAUGGAGUCUGUUAUAAUACUUCAUUAUUUGAUGCUAAAUUGUUGAAAUCCAGGAGCUUCUGACUUUCCCCAUGGACCCUAUACCAGGGCAACCGGAAUUACGCCUCCCGUUCAUAAAAUCCUGGCCUAGGACUAUUGAAAUGUAAAGUAACGCCCUAUACCAUAGAAUUUGGAAUUUCUCAUUAUUGGUCUACUGCUGUUAAGAUCCAUCCAAUCAUUUUAAUAUACCAUAGACAAUUAAUGGAGAGAAUUCGCCAUAAAAAUAUCAAACCCUGACAUUUUAACUAUAAAACAUACAUGCUCCAAGUCAGGAACCGUUACAUUAGUGCAUUUCACAAUUAUUUUAUGUUUUUUAGACAAACAAAGGCAAACAUUGCAUUCUACGCCCCUUCUUUCAAAUAUACUGGAAACUCCCCUGGAUAAUACAAAGGUAAUUAUUAUUAAUCAUUUUAUUCGUUUUUGUCUGAGAUGAUUGUGAUUAUUUAAAUCAUCUUAAUUAAAUGUAUGCUCAUUUGUUUUCUUGUUAA